AUGGAGAUCAUUGACAUACCUUGCUCUGCCCACAAGCAGCACAGUGGUGAAAACAAACCAGGUAUAAACAGCCUCCGCGCCGGUAUCCAGCACCCUUUUAUCGCUCCGCUUACGUUUGCCUUGAUCUCUUUGGAUGGCAGAUCGGAACUCCUUUCACCGCUCGGUAGCGGAGGAUACCUUUCUGACCAUGUUCAGAGAGAUCGACGAUUCGGCAUCACUAAAGCGAAGUAUUAUGCUGCAGAGCUGGUUUGCGUACUGGAAUACUUGCAUGCAAAGAAUAUCAUCCUUGGUAGUCUAAAUAUGGAAGACAUUCUCCUCGAUUCCUCGGGCCACGCCAGUCUCUGCAAGCCGAGCCUCUUUGCACUUGACCUGUGUAAGGACAGGGACUGUAUUGCGCCCGGCACAUCGGAAUAUCCAGCUCCCGAAAUCCUUCUUAACAAGAGAAAAGCAUCUCGAGCUGGCGAUUGGUGGAGCCUGGGGAUUAUUCUCCAUGAGCUUUUGACGGGCGCUCCACCAUUCUACCACAAGGAUGAAGAGGAGCGGCGGUAUAGGAUCAUCCACGAUGACCUCCAGCUGCCCAUUAGCUUGCCAUCAAGUGCAAACAAUAUACUCACCAAACUGCUUGAUAAAGACCACACGCGUCGCCUAGGAGCCCACGGCCUCGCUGAGUUGAAAACGCAUCCUUUCUUCCAUGGCUUGCAUGGGGUGAAUGUAUCCAGCGCAAACUCGAAACGCCCUUUAAACCCCACGACGAUAUAG